CUAGAACUUGCUACAAUUUAUGCUUAUUGGUUAAAUAUUUUAAUGUAAAGUAUUUAAGUAUUUUCUAAGCGCCUGUAUAUUAAUGGGGUAAUUUUACAUAUUUUUGUCUUGUAAGCAUUGAAAAAUUUGUAUAUUUUAUUUCUGUAAUGGUUCUAUAUAGAUAGUAUAUAGAAAAGCGAAAGAGAUAGGGGGAAAUGAAAUGUGAGAAAAGAGAAAAAGGAAGGAACAUACACGAUUGGUUCGAAGUCUAGUAACUUAUUGCGUAUCUGCCUUGAUACGCAAAACAUAUUGUUAUGAAUCGGUGAUAUUAUCUUUUAACGACAAUUUUAAAUAUUGUGGAAUUUCAAUAUUUUAACUUAUAUGUGAAUUUAUGCAAAUUUAUGUUUAAUACCAUACAUUAUAUGUUAUGCUUCUUGCCGCGUAAAUGCGUUUAUGUUGUAUUAUUGGGGUGAGUAAGGAGAUCGCCGGUGUUUAUCGUUGGUAAUUCGCUUACUUUUGACUGAAUUUCUCCCAUAAGCAUCGGCGAUCACCAUAUUCUUCUGUGGUUACGUAAUAUAGAGUGCAUAAAACGAAGUUAAAGAUACGAUCACAAGUGGCGCUGUUGCAUUGAAUGUUCUACAAUGGUGGCUUUGGUCUAUCGUUUAUUUCGUAAUAAGUUUGUUUAAAAGAGGUUUUCGAAAAUUCUGUCUGUAUUCAUUGAUCCACCGAUUUUUUUUGUAUGAACGUGAACCGGCGGUAGUGAUGUCCACGUACACAUUCUCACAGAAGAUACUUACACCCAUACCUCCGGAGAAAGGUAGUUUUCCACUCGAUCAUGAGGGUGUCUGCAGAAAGCUUAUGAUCAAAUAUAUGCGUUGUUUGAUCGACAAUAAGAACGAAAACACAAUGUGUCGAAAUGUCAUAAAGGAUUACCUUGGUUGUCGGAUGGAUAAUGAGCUUAUGGCGCGAGAGGAUUGGUCUAAUCUCGGUUUUUCUGAUGAGGUCAAGGAGACAUAACAGCAGCG